AGCCAAUCAGAGAGCUCGAACUGGGACUGUUGCUGAAGCUGUAACUCGAUUGAUGCGGUUCGGCGCCUACAGGAAAGCUCCAGAAAUAUUUGUAAGAGGUUCUACAGCUGUAGCGUUGCGAGUUCUGUCAGGCUUACCGAAAGGCGUCAUCCGUUUCUAGGAGACUGUUGUUGGGGUGAUGUAAACACCAAGCUGGAGCUAGUUUGAAGUGCGCAGGUGCUGAUUGAGUUCAUCAGCAGCUCUGCGGUCUGUGCACCGGCGACCUAAUCGAUUUCGACAGAUUUCUGCAGGUGCCAUAACCAGAGGUGACCGUUUUAAUCCAGGUGAGAAAUGAUGUGAGAUUUAAAAUUCUGGAGCAUGCAGCAACACAUAACGGUGUCCUCCUUGGAGGGAAGAGUUCGCUGUAGUUAUAUAAAUCUGCCUCUGAUUAAUGGUGAUAGACUGAGGACAGCUAAAACUUUAGUGGACAAGGCAAUAAAGGAAAAGAAAGUGUUCUCAAUUCAAGGCCCAUACCCUGUUAUCCGCACUGCCCUACGUGCGAGAGGAUGGGUGGAACGUCGACAACCCCGGCUUUCUUUUCCACAGCUCCGUCGGCAUAGGGAACUGGAGACUGAGGCUACAGAUGAGGCUGACAGCAGUGAUGGUGAUGGAGAGGAAGGAGAGAGGAAUGAUGAUGCAGAUGACAUGUAUGACCUAAUGUCACGGCUGGUUCGCAAUGAGACCACAUAUUUGUACUGGACAACAAAGAGGGAUUCAAUCGAUUGUCGGUCUUUACGUAAAGAUCAGAUGACCAAUCAUUACGCAAAGGCGGGAUCUUUUACCACCAAGGUUGGCUUGUGUAUGAGUUUAAGAAAUCUGCAGUGGUUUGACACAGCUGACCCCGAUACUUUUUUCCCACGCUGCUAUAGACUGGGAGCAGAGGAUGAGAAACAUGCUUUUAUUGAGGACUUUAGACAAACUGCAUGUACAAGUCUGCUGCUAUAUGUUGUGGAGAGAUAUGGAGGCGAUUUGGAGUGGGUGAGAACAGGAGAGAUGGAUGAUGCUACAUUUCCUGGUGUAAGCAAGCCACGUAAGAAGCACACCAAUCAGAGGGUGGGAGUUUCGUUGAUCGACAAUGCAUUGCAUGUAUGUCAGGAGUAUUUGAACAGUUUAGAACACUGCGACAUAGACGUCAAUUUGCAAACUGUACCUACCCUCUCAGAGGAACAGUGGAAGGUGUUUCUUCAGAAUUACUAUUUAGUUAUUCAUGAAGGAGUGAAGAUAGAGGUGAGUGAAGCAUACGUGGAGCAUUGUAAAUGUAUGCUGGUACACAUGCGUCGAGUUUGCCCUCAGUUGGAGACUGAUGGACUCUGCAACAUCUGGAUCAUUAAACCUGGGGCCAAGUCACGGGGCCGAGGUAUAAUGUGCAUGAAGAAGCUGGAUGAGAUAUUGAGUUUAGUAGAUGGAGACCUCGCCCUUAUAAAGGACAGUAAGUGGGUGGUGCAGAAGUACUUGGAACGGCCUCUGCUUGUGCAUGGCACUAAGUUUGAUAUAAGGCAGUGGUUCCUGGUCACAGACUGGAACCCUCUCACAGUGUGGUUCUACCGCGAAUGCUACCUCCGUUUUUCUACCCAACCCUACUCCACUCAUACAUUAGACAGCUCUGUCCAUCUCUGUAACAACUCCAUCCAGAAGCAUUUUCAGCCAAGCCCAGAUCGUGACCCUUCUCUGCCUGAAGAGUGCAUGUGGUCCUGUUCUCAGUUCCGCUCCUGGUUGGCUGUUUCAGGUCGUGGUUAUCUGUGGGAAGGGGUGGUGGUACCAGGCAUGCAGAAGGCCGUGAUCCAAACACUGUUGACUGCACAGGACAGCGUGGAACCUCGAAAAGCCAGUUUUGAGCUCUAUGGAGCAGACUUCAUGCUAGGACGUGAUCUACGACCUUGGUUGUUGGAGAUCAAUGCCAGCCCUACUAUGGCUCCCUCCACAAAGGUCACGGCUCGACUCUGCCCUGCCGUACAGGAAGACACGUUGCGCAUUGUGCUGGACCGACGCUGUGACCGCAACACUCACACUGGUGGCUUCCAGCUUAUAUACAAACAGGCAGCCGUAGAGAUUCCUCAAUAUGUGGGAGUGAAUCUUCUAGUAGAGGGAACUCCAAUCAGACGUCCCCGUGCCACUGUUUACAAACCUCUCAUCCAGUCUCAACCUGAACCACUGUCAAAAUCCACCAGUCACUACCGGUCUUCUAUGACAGCCAGUCAAUGCUCUUCUGGCAAAGAGAAUCAAUCAGAAGAUCCGAAGAAGGCUUGGCCUAUCCUCUCUUCCCGCAAAGCCACAUUGCAGCAUUCAUUGACCUAUCGCCCUAAACUGAGAAAACGCCCCCACAGACUGGUCUUACCCUCCUCUUGCUGUGUUUUUCCCAACCCUGCAGAACUUCAUCCUCAAAAGCUGUCACACACUCAUGUGCAGCCCGAUCAACAGAGAACACGCAGCAAUCUUCCUUCCCUUUUGUGUCCAAACACCUCACUGGAUAUAAUCAGCCUUCGACCUGAACAAGAAAACACCCCCAGUCGCUACAAACAUGACACACAUCCUGUGAGUACAUCUUAUCCAGUCUUGCGUAUGCAGCAAUACCUUUCACGAAACCAUAAGCGGGGCAUGGGAACUUUUCAAGAGAAAGAAGGACCAAAGUCUUCCUGAGGACCUUUUGAAGAACAUUGAACUGCGGAAUGGAUUUUGAUAUUUUGUUAAUGUUAAGCAAAACUAAAAUGCACUUAUAAAAGCGUUACCAAUGAGACAAUUUUUUUUUAACUACAAUGCAAGGAUCAAAGGAUGUGUAGAAUUUUGUGAGUGACUAGUGUUGAAUUAUGCAAAAAGCUGUGAAGCUACUUUACUGUGUUCUACAGAUGGGGAUUCUUAUUUAGAUGCUGCAGUGUAGAUAUUGUUAUUAAUAACAUCACCAAGAGUUCUUCAGUUGUGGGUUGAUGAAGCACUCUCCAUGCAUCUUUUUACUCAUGAAGUGCACAUUAUUUUAUAUUUUUUUAAAAGCUGUUUUAAAACCAAAUACACAACCUUGCUAUAUGGGUUUAACUCAGUGUGGUAAUUCUGUAUAAUACUGAUAUGGAACUCAUUUAAGUGGUGCUACUGUAUGAUGGAUCAUUUUCAUGGGAACUCGUGUUUAUUGACCAGUGGUAUGAUACAUAAUGGUGCUAAGUUUUGUAUGCUCAAAAAGCAAUCAGAAUGUUUAAUGUUAAUAAUGAUAAUGUUACUUAAUGAAGACACCAGAAACGUAAGGGAAUGAGAUUUGUAGUUAUAUGUAAAUUAGCCAUUUUAUACAGGCUGUGAAAGUUAAUACCUUUAAUUGUAUCUAAUCCCACCAGCAGAGGGAGGUAGCAGAGUUGUAUCUUUCUUUUAAUCUUUCUUAAUCAUGGGUAUGUAUGGGUGGUGUAAUUUCUCUGCCCUUUACACUUUAAUGAAUGUAGCACUUCAUACAAAAGAUGUAAGGGUGGAUAUUUUGAAUAGGCAUCACUUAUAUCAUAAAAUGAAAACUAUUAUUAAUAUGACAGACUAUUUAUAGGCUAAGAACCAUAUUGCAUAGAUAAAUGAUUUAAUGUUGAUUUAAAGUUAAACUGGAUACAUUAAAUUAAUUACCAUCUGGGAGAGAAGCAACUGGUUCCCGAGGCCAUUAUAUUCAUACACUCAGGACUCGAUUUGAGGGUGGAUGCCGACACCGGCAAGGUAUUGUCCUGGCUUUUGUGGAAACUAGUAUUAGCACCUAUUUUAUUAUUGCUCCUGUUUGACUUUUCAUUGUAUUGCUCCCUGAACUCUCUGUAAUUUGCUUUGGAUAAAAGCGUAUGCUAAAUGACUAAAUGUAAAUGAAUGCGAGGGGAUGACUUCCCCAUUGUUGAAGAAAAUAACAUAUGCAUCCCUUCUGUAAAACCAACCAUCCCCCCUUUACCAUCCCAUUUAUAAUUAUUAUAACAUACAUUUUAUAAUAAAAAUAGUCUGUAAUUAAACAAAUAUUUGAGCACCCCAUCCCCCUUGAUUUGUUUUUUACAAUUCAACCACUUCAUACACUGUAUUCUGUUGUUUGGUAUACAGUAUAUGCAAUGCAUCUAAAUAAGACCAGGGUUAACACAUGAAUAAUUAAAUAUAAUUUGAUAAUUGAACCUAAUGCAUUUAUGAUAGAUUUACCACAAUAUAUACUUUUGAUGCAGCAUGCUAUACUGUAAUACAAUAAAUACUUCUGUCAGAUGGUGUCAGCAAACCUGUGCUUAUAUAACAGCAGUAUUUUUGCAUAAUUUGUUAACUGAUUAGCCACUGUAAUAUAGGCCUACAGUAUGCAUAAUUUUUAAUAAA